AUGGUAAAACUUGAUGAACCAUUCACAGGUGUUUGUGAAUGUUUUCGUCUGAAUGGCGGUGAUGACUGUUCCCUCCAGCUGUGUCCAGACAACUGUGGGGAGUCAGCUGAUAGGGGCAAGUGUGAGGUUCAUGAUGGCAAAGCUAGAUGCUCUUGCAAUCAGGGUUUUGUUGGUGAUGAUUGUUCUCUUGAUGAUCAGAAUUAUGUUGGAAACACCUGGUCUGUGGUUUCAAGAUCUGGUCCUGGUAGGCUUCCUCCCAGAACAAGACAUGCGUCAGUUUAUCAUGAGGAACUAGACCUGUUGUAUGUUUAUGGUGGAUUUGAUCUGAAUUCAGCUCUAGAUGAUUUCCUUGUUUACUCAUUUAAAGAGAACUCCUGGAUGGAGGUUGAAAACAAUAACAGAACUAACAGAUGGGAUGGCACCUAUGUCCUUGAUCCAGUCAUGUCUGCCCCAACCUUCAGUACUUCCCAUUUAUUGAGUUCAACUCCCACACUUCAUUCCUCCUCCACACAUAAAUCAGUUUCCACAAGGGAAAGUUCAGCUAAGAGAGGUAGUGCAUCCAAUGGGACGCUUACUGAUAAUUCUGUUUUUGAUGAAAAUGACUUUGUUCCACACAGAGGUGAUAUAGCUUUGCAAAGCAGUGAUAGAAGAGAAGACUUAUCUGAGGACAGUGAUAAUUCGGGAAGGGUUCUUGAUGUAACAACAGCUGACAAUGAGGGAAAAACACUGACAAAGAGCAAGAGGUCACCCAUGAUGAAAGACAGAGGCACAUCUAGAGCAGAGAGUCCCAAGAACUUCAGAACCUCUUCUGAGUUUAUGAAAUCCCAAAACUCUAGAAAUAAGUCUAGAUCUGGAUCCCCAGGGGCCCUGGAGGGACAUGCUAUGGUCAAGAUUCCAGGAGGACUUCUUCUGUUUGGAGGAAAAACAAAGAAUGGAUCCCUCAGUAACAAACUAUGGAGGUUUGACCUGAAAGAGAAAUAUUGGAGCUUAGUUGGUGAUGGUUCAUCUUUAACUCCUGCCGCAGUCUGGCUUCACAGCAUGACUGUAGCAGAACAAUUUGUUUAUAUUCUUGGCGGCUCAACAGUCGGCGGUAAAGUAGUCUCAAACCUGUUCAGAAUCUCAAUAAAUAAUCUCAAGGAGUGGGAGGAAGUAAAAGUAUUAGGAGGAAAACUUCAAACCCUUCGUUUAACAGGUCACAUAACUGUGUACCAUGCCGCAUCAAACUCCCUGUUUGUACACGGAGGCCUUGUACCUGAUGUACCCCGGUUCAGUAAACUUAGCAAUCAGCUGUUCUCCCUCCACCUGGGCUCCAGGGUCUGGUCUAAUAUUCAGUAUCCAAGAAGUAAUUGGAGUCCUCCUGAACUUGCAUUUCACUCUGCUACCCUGGUCGGCAACUAUCUUGUAAUAUUUGGAGGCUAUACUCACAAACAUAACAGCUAUGAAGAAUGUUAUUCCUCUGGGGUAUAUCUCUACAGUCUGGAAUGUCAUACCUGGAUCAGCCAAAAGGCCAUGGAGCAUAACCCUCCUGGGUCAGAUUACCCGUUCAGCUACGGAAUGUUUGGAAACAGCAUGUUUACUCGGAAUCAGUCUCAGAUAAUUCUUUUAGGAGGGUUCCAUGGAGUAGUUUCAGGAGAUGUUGUGAGUUUGACGCUACCAAGUACUUUAUCCUCCCUGGAUACUCCUUGCCAUCUGUAUGGUCUAUACAAUGCUUGUGCUGCAAACCCAAAGUGUGGUUGGUGUGGAUCAUCUGGAAAAUGCAUGAGAAACCUUGAAACCUUUUCCUGCACGGGCAACCUUCUCGCUACAGGGUGUCCAGGUGUUUGUUCCACACUCGGCACUUGUCACAGUUGCACCUCACAAGGAAGUGGAGAAUGCAGAUGGUGUGUAAGAUCUGGGAAAUGCUACAACAAGAAUGGUCUCUAUCAAUGCAAACGCACAUACGCAGACAGAAAUGGACCCUGGUGGUUGAAUGAGGAGCAGGAAUUAAACACACCCGAGCAGUGCACUAAAUCAGAUAUAAGACCUGGGCUGACAUUAUCAAGAUAUGAUUUCCCAGCAGAUUUAUCCAGACCAGACCAUGUUGAGACCCUGAACUCCUCUCAAGUAUUCUUCAACUCUCCUAAAUUAAGGGGUGAGAGAGAACUGAAAUUGGCGGGAAAAUCUCAAGUGACGUAUUUAAUGCGUGGAACAAUACUUCCGGUCAGGAAUCCCAAUGUGAAGUUGGAACAGCUGAAGAUAUGUAUUGGACAGGCGUCUGCUUCUCUUUAUAUGUUCUCUAAUCCUCCUGAUCUGCAAUAUCAGAAGAUUAUUGACAUCAAACAUCCAGCAGAGGUUAGCAGUGGGUUUACUCCAACCUGUCAACCUGUUUUCUGGGCUGACACACAUCCUAUAUUCCUCUACCUAAACUUUGCAUAUUCUCUCAAAUUGUUUGGCUGGAGGAAUAUAUCCACCUCCCAUACCUCCAGUAUGAGAUUAGAGGAGGGAGGCUCUGUUUAUAAACUGGAGGCGCUCCAACCCUUCAUGCAGGAAUCUUGUAAAUCUAGGACGAAUUGUUUGUCUUGUAUGGAGGACGCAGAUUGUGCCUGGUGUCUGGACCAGGACGCUUGUCAGUUCAGGACAAACUCAUCUUGUCCUACUCUACCUAACCUGGAACCUGCUGGAUGUGUUAUGUGUACAGAUCAUGUGUACUGCAAAGAUUGUACGGAAGACCAGAAUUGUGCCUGGGUCAAAGAGGAAAAUAGAUGUGUACGGAAAGACAGAUUUACAGAUGCACUCUCUGACCCCGAACUCUGUUCUGUUCCUUGUCAGGAACGGAUUGGGUGUACAAGCUGUUUAUUAGAACAGGACUGUGUCUGGUGUCAGGAUACACAGGAAUGUUUUGCGUUUUCUGUGUACACGAGUCAGUAUCAAUAUGGAGGAUGUAAAUCCUGGGUUUAA